CAAUGUAGUUCUAACUUCUUAGGCUGGAGACACUUUCGCUAGCAUGUUACGUCAAUUAUUCUUGUGCAGUGUUCUGCUAUUCGGUGCAGUUCUUGGAGAUGACAGUCUUCCAGAACUUCGCCCACGUCCACGCUUCAACGCAACCGAAUCCGGAUCAUCCAGCAACGGCAGCGGACACCGCAUCGUGGGUGGAUUUGUAAUCAAUAUCGCCGAUGCGCCCCACCAGGUGUCGCUCCAGUUCCGACUGCGACACAUUUGCGGCGGAUCCAUCAUCUCGUCGAAGUGGGUUCUUACGGCGGCGCACUGUACGGAGCUUGCUUCGUCGCCACAGCAGCUGCGGGUUCGGGUGGGUUCGGCGCGGCAUGCCCUUGGGGGUGCCGUGAUUCCGGUCAAACGGAUUGUUCAACAUCCGUUGUAUGACAGCGUUAGCAUUGAUUACGACUACUCGUUGUUGGAACUGCAGAGGGCGAUCUGGCUUGGCAGGAACGCCGCGGUCGUGCCGUUGCCCGUGCAGGGUGAGUCCGUUCCGGAUGGGACUCUUUCGCUGGUUACCGGAUGGGGUAACACUCAGAGUACCUCCGAGUCCCAAGUGCUCCUGCGAGCGGCAUACGUCCCGACCUUCAACCAGAACGGCUGCAACUCCGCUUAUUCCGUGUACGGAGGCGUCACCGAUCGUAUGAUCUGCGCCGGAUUCGCGGCUGGCGGUCGAGACGCCUGCCAGGGUGAUUCCGGCGGUCCGUUGGUCGCCAACGGUAAGCUCAUCGGAGUCGUAUCGUGGGGCAUCGGUUGUGCCCAGGCCAACUAUCCCGGCGUGUACGCACGGGUCGCCGCCGUACGUGACUGGAUUCGGACCAACAGUGGAGUCUAAGGGGAAUCAAUUAAAGAAACCACACUCGCACACACGAAGCAUGAACUAAUCGCCAAUAAAACAUCCAUAAAUCACUGCUACUGUUAAA